AUGCCGCCAAUUGGCUUUUAUGAUGUCGCUGAUGAAAGUUCAAUAGUUGAGCAACCUAAAUUCCCAACCACCAUCGAGGAAAUGGAAGGUGAAAGAAGGGCCGAUAGAGAGGCCCGUUUGAGAAAGCAGGACAUUGCGAAGAACAAAAUAGCAUGGAGACAAGAUGCUCCAUCUGCUAUACUCCAAGCAAACAAAGUAAACGCUCCAGAAACUUAUAGAAAAAGGCCGAAGAUGAACCUCCCGACACCACAGAUUCCAGAUUAUGAAUUACAACACAUCGCAAAAAUGGGUCUUCCAGACGCCAUGUCAAGGAAUGAUUACGACACAUCUGCAAGGAAAGAAAGAUAUGAUUAUGAUGGAGGCCGUAAAUUAGACGAGGCAAAAGGUGGGAUUUCCAGCAAGGUAACACAUGAUUUUAUCAUUCUUCCCCACAACUUGCAAUACAAUAAGGAGCUUAAGGAAGAAUUGAGAUGCACCUCCAAUGCUAGGAUAUUGCAAUUUCUCCAACCCUCAACUUCUGGGAAAUCUCUUUUAAUGCAAUGA